AUGGAUGAGGGUGAAGGGUAUGCAUACCCUUUGAUGGGGAAGGAGCUGGUGAUUGGAGGUGAAGGGAAGACUUUUAAGAAAUCUUCAAAUGAAGAAUGGCUCCUAAACAACAGAGCUUGCCCAAUCAGUAAAAUGGAGAUUGCUGAAUUGGUUUGUACACCAAAUGUUCUACUUCUAGAGAACAUCAUGGUAUGGAGUUCAAAAAACUAUCACGGGCCAUUUAGAUACUCUGAUCAGGAGGUUUUGACUCAAAUGGAGGAGGAUAAGCUUGUUUGGUUACUGGAUAGUAUGCAAUCAAGCGACUCAUCAGCUAGGAUGAGAGCUGCAGAAGUUCUCCGAGCUCUAACAAAGUUCAGGAAAUCUCACCGUAUAUACUUAGGAGAAUACACAAGGUUCAUAGAAACAAUGUUGAAUGCCCUUCUACAAAAAGAAGAAACCAAGAACAGCUAUGAGGAAGAUCUUUAUUUAACUAUGCUGCAUGUAGCAAUGCAUGAGCCAAACAGGAAUGCAUUAGGUGAGUCUAAUACUUUAGUUUUAAGUUUAAUGAACGGGUUAGAACCCGAAAAAAUAGAAGUUAUUAGAAACACAUGUUUGUCUGGGUUAAGCAUGCUAGCUUCUAUGGAUUCAAAUCAUGAGAAGUUGGGUGGACUUGGGUUGGUAAAGUGGUUUCUCAACAUUUUAAAGAGGAGGGAGGAUGAUAUAAUGACAAAGAACGCAGUGAGGGGUUUGUUGCACUUGUGUGAGACAAAAACCAAUGUAGAAAGAUUCAUCAAGGAAGGUGGAGUUAAGGUAUUUGCUGAUCAUAUUUCUAGUGGAAAGUUACUUUUGGUUAACAAUAUGCUCAGCAUGCUGGUAGUGAUAACAAAAAGUGCGAAGGACAGUGUUAUCUGGAGAAAAGCUAAUGGCAUAAAACUGAUGGCAUCUGUCUUAAGAAAUAGAGAGUGUGCGUUAAAAGUGAAGGCUUGUUGCAUCCACAUCCUGGAGAAUCUCUGUUUGAUGGAUCCAGAGUCCUUGAGGCCUAUCAGGGAAGAUACUGAACUUCGAGCUUGCAUUAGCCAACUGGGUCUAUGUAAAAAUAUGUCUAUCCAAACCAAAGCACUUCAUAUAAUUCACAUGAUGUACAAUUGA